AAAUAAACCACCUCUUCAAACGUGCGUCGCCUGACCGCUUCCAUCCAUCCACCAGUCUCGCUUCUUCGUGUCUACGGUCUACCUCGGCGAGUCGGCGGCGGCGAUGGCGGCGGCGACGGACGGCGGGGGGCUGCCGCUGCUGGCGGACAAGGCGGCGAGCCACAGCCACCACCACCACCCGGAGCGGCACUUCACGUCGGGGGAGGUGGUCCGCGACGUCAUCAUGGGCGUCUCCGACGGCCUCACCGUGCCCUUCGCCCUCGCCGCGGGGCUCUCCGGCGCCAGCGCGCCAUCCUCGCUCGUGCUCACCGCCGGCCUCGCCGAGGUCGCCGCCGGCGCCAUCUCCAUGGGCCUCGGAGGGUAUCUCGCGGCCAAGAGCGAGGCAGACCAUUACCAGCGGGAGAUGAAAAGGGAGCAGGAGGAGAUCAUCGCCGUCCCGGACACUGAGGCUGCUGAGAUUGGCGAGAUCAUGUCGCAGUACGGGCUCGAACCGCAUGAGUAUGGCCCUGUCGUGGACGGGCUCCGUAGGAAUCCUCAAGCUUGGCUCGACUUCAUGAUGAGGUUUGAGCUGGGAUUGGAGAAACCAGACCCUAAAAGAGCUAUACAGAGCGCUUUAACAAUUGCGCUAUCUUAUGUCAUUGGUGGACUGGUCCCUCUCCUUCCCUACAUGUUUAUCUCCACAGCACAGAACGCCAUGCUCACAUCUGUCGGUGUCACGCUGGUUGCACUACUUUUCUUUGGAUACAUCAAGGGUCGCUUUACUGGAAACCGUCCAUUCCUCAGCGCUGUCCAAACUGCUAUUAUCGGUGCGCUUGCUUCUGCUGCGGCAUAUGGAAUGGCCAAGGCCGUGCAAACUAGAUGAUUUGAACCCUCAUGUGUUCCUGUCUGAAGUUUCAGUAGGCAGAACUGAAUCCAACGAAGCUGCAAUGAAUCACAAUCUCAUAUUAAGAAUAUGUAUUUUACCUUUCAUGUAACAAGGAAUAAAUUUUGGGAAACAUGAAAUAAAAGCAUGCUAUUUUAAGUUCUA